UGAACCUUAUUUUUUCGGGUCGAAUUGUUCGCAUACAUGCCAUUGUGAUGUCAUUUCAAAUUGUUCACGAAUCAAUGGUUUUUGUACAUUUGGGCGAUGCAUGGAAGGAUGGACAGGAGAAAACUGCAGUAUAGAAAUACAAGGUUUAAAUCAAGAUCAGGACUCAAGUUCAACGGCAGCGGUUGCUGGUGGAGUGUCAGCAGCGGUGGUGCUUGUAGCCUUAGGCGUUGUCAUAGGAUUCAUCAUAUAUAAAAGAAAACAUUUUACAAGAAAGGAUUCUAAUGCCCAAAACCAAUUCUCACACUUAGACAGAGCUCUUAAAGAGAAGUCAAAUACACAGCAAAGGUCAAACACACAUGCUCAUGUAAACAUGUCGUAUGAAGAAGAAACAAAUAUGUGUGCACCAGGAGGCAGUGACUACUACAGUUUCGGUGAACAGUUUGCGGGAAUAAGGGUUUAUGAACUGUGGGACUAUAUUCAUGAGAAAAUGGAAAACAACUGCGAAAAGCUGUUUACAGAAUUCAAGACGUUACCACAAGGUCUCGUGCAUUCAUAUCAGUCGGCCGAUAACAUUGCAAACAAAGGAAAGAACCGGUACAGGGAUAUGUAUGCAUACGACCAUACUCGUGUUGUGCUGGAAGACGAUUUUCAUAGCGAAGAUGGGAAACAUACUGACUAUAUCAAUGCUUGUUACAUAGAUGGCUUUGAAAAGGUGAAAAAGUUUGUCGCAUCACAAGGUCCUACCAAGCAGAUGAUUGACGAUUUCUGGAGAAUGAUUUGGCAGCUGAAGUCUGACAAAAUAGUUAUGCUCACCAACCUGAUUGAGAUGGGGGCGACAAAGUGUUUGCAGUACUGGCCAAAAGAAGAUGAAGAAGAUGAGUGCACGUAUGGCAACGUUGUUAUAAAACUCCUGAAUACGGACAAAUACCUUGACUAUAACAUCAGAUAUUUUGAAGUCAGAAAGAACGGCGAAGCAUCCCGGAGGAUCCGACAAUUCCACUUCAAGUCCUGGCCAGACAAGGAUGUUCCUGACAGUACAUGGUGCCUCGUCAACUUCUGGAGAGCUGUAGAUACUAAUGCUCCAUCAAAAGCGGGGCCAAUUGUUGUCCACUGCAGUGCUGGAGUUGGUAGAACAGGGACCUUUAUUGCCGUAGACAACUUGGUGAGUCAGGCAAGAAAAGAAGGUUGCGUGCGACCGCUACAAACUGUGCAAACUUUAAGACGGCAACGAGUAAACAUGGUUCAGACUAGAGAGCAGUACGUAUAUGUGCAUGAAGCAGUUGCAGACGCCCUGUUGUUCGGUACACACAUCGUAUGGACAAAGCAGUUCGAAGAAAUGCUGACAUUUAUGUUACAGAAAGAAAAGGGCGAUACGAGAACAAGAUUACAAGUACAGUUCGAGCUUAUUGAGAAGAGUAUGGCGAACGCCUCGUCUGAUGUUGCGGAGAGUCCAGAAUAUUCCAAUAUUGAGACGCUGCUGUCUGAAAGUGAUGCAUACAGACCAAAACUUAUGAACAGAGGAUCCAAAUAUGUGCAACAGUUGCGUGCCAUAUACAUCCCCAAUUACAAGGAAAAGAGUACAUUCUUGGUGUCGAUGUCCCCGGAUAAAGGUACAAUGGAAGAGUUCUGGUCACUAGUUGACGACAGCAACAUCAAAACAAUCAUAAUGCUGACAGAGCCAUCAACUACAUGUUACCGGUCUAGUUGUGAGCUAGGAUCGAGUGCAAACAGCGAAAAUAGAUUCAGCGUCAACAAAAUUGAGGAAAAGAUCAGGAAGGGCUACACAGAAAGGACCUUUACUUUCAAAGAAAGUGCUAGAGAGGAAGAGGACAACCUUACAACAGUGAAGCAGUUUGAACACACAGCAUGGAAGGGCGGAUACACGGUUCCUGGUGACACAAAGUCCCUCCUAGACAUGAUAGAAUCUGUCCAGAAGUGGCAGCCACAUUUGUCCGAGUCUCAACCCAUACUGAUUCACUGCAGUGACGGUUGUUCAAGAUCUGGUAUAGUAUGUGUGCUACUUAAUGAGUUACAGAGGAUGAAGUAUGAAGGAGGUCACAUCAAUAUUGUGGAGUCUGUAAAGAUGAUGAAGAAAAGACAGAGUCAACUGGUCAGCAAUUAUGAACAAUACAAGUACUGUUUCGAUCUGAUUAUGGCUCACAUCCAGAUGUCGGAACUCUAUCAAAACAUAUGAAUAUCUUCAGUGAUAUGUGCUAUAAAAAUGACUACGUAUAAACAAUGUCGCAUUUGUAUACAUACAAUCAUGUUUCAAACAUGUAACAAUUUUAUGGUCAUCUCAGUUUGCUUGUAGAUAGUUCUUUAGUUUGGAAGAAACAAUUAAUUGUUAGAUAUAUUAGAUAUAUUUAAUCAGAGUUUGGUAUAUGGGUUUACUUUUUCCUUUUUAUUAUUUCAAAUAGACAGUUUUAGUGUUAUCGUUGGAAAUAUGCAGAUAAGUGAGAUAAAAUGAAAUGUGUAAAUGGAUGAUUUAUUUAAUCAAACGAGUUUCUUAAAGAUGACAAUCAUAUACCUGUUUCACGAGGUCCGUCUUCCUUAGUAGUUACUUUUUCAGUGUGAAGUAUGAUUUGAAGGUUACUGUGCAGUCGUCAUGAUAAAUAUUAUGCAUAAUAUUAGGUUACUGCUGAUGUGAGUCCUGUCUUACUAUGUUUGUAGCAACGUAGAUUGUUACGUUACGUAUUUUAGUGAGCCAGUAUCGCGUGCACGAUAUUACUUGCAACGAACUACUUUUCUAUUUCAAUUGAUUUUACUUGCUUCAGGAAAUAUUUUGUUGAUUUCGAACGCCUGUGAACGAUGUACACGUCAAUUAGACACUUGUUUUAUUUGCACAUUUCUUUCUUUUAGCAGAUGUACCUCUUCAUGAUUUAAAUUUUAUGGAUUUGUCAUAAUCACUGGUGAAGUAUUUAACAAGCUGUGUCAAAAUGAUUAAUUGUGAAGAAAGAAAUAAUUUAGGUCGAACAAAUCUUUCAUCUUUCAGUGACAGCUUCUAACGUAAUCAUUUGGGUACAUUUUGAUGAUAUUUCUUUUUACUUCAGGUAUCUUUUAUCAUUAUUUGCAAUCUGACAUUGUUUUAGUUAUUUUUUUGCCACAUUUUGAUACAUAUUUGAAAAAUGUCCAUAUGGAACCAUAACCUUUAAAUCAUGUGCACUAAAACUGAAAUAGUAAAACUUUCAGUAAUAUGUAUAUUCAAACGAGUAUGUUCAAUCGAAUUGAAAUUCAUUAUCAAAUCGUGUAAUUCUCCUAGUUAUUUAUUGUAAAAUAACAUUACUCUUGACGGAAAAGUGCUCUUGCUUCAAGAACGUUUCAAUUUAUGGUAAAUUUCAUAACUCAAAUAGUACAUUAUUCAAAUAGUACAUGUAAAUCAAAUUAAUGACCCCUCUUGUUCUGACACUUGCAAAACUAACGUAGACACAUCGUUUGAGAGCAAACGAAUGAUUACCUAAAGACACAUUUGCUACUGUUAUUUCUUUAAUAACUGAAGUUUUUAAUUUAUGUAAUUUUGUAUUCUUCUAGUACCAGAUGUUAGUUAUCAAUGAUUUACAUUUUGAUUAAUUGCGUUGUGACAAAUUAUGUUUGUUUUUAAUAAAACACGAUGACGGUGACGAGACGUCAAGUGUAUAAUAUUUUAUUUGACUUCAUAAUAAAAUUAUUAAAAUCAAAAUAAUAUUUUCAGAAACGGUUUUAAUUCACUUAAUCACUAAGAAUUGGUUAUAUAUUACGAAAUAAUGCACUCGAACCAUGCCCUCGUGAAAUAAAUUACCCUGAACGAACAUCUAAAUCACUUAAAACACGGGUCUCUUAUAUUUUAUUUCUUAAAUAUUCUGUGCAUACGUUUUCCUCUAACUUGCUAAAAGAUUACGCACCUGCUAUUCAAACAUAUUAUCCAGUCUCUUGUUUAUACAAGACCUUAAUCAGAAAUGGACUUGUAUGAGGAAAACCUUCAGAUUUAACGAAAAACCAUUUACUUGUUUUCGUACAAAUGUUAUAUUAUGUUAUAUUACUGCUCUAUGUUAAGUGACUUUUCUUUAGAUAUUUUGUUAUUAGUGAUGUUUAACAUAUAUUCCUCUCUUUUUGUGUAAUAAAUCUUUCCCUAUA